AUGGGCGUCACCUUUUCACAGUUUUUUCCUCCCGCGCCUACUCUAACUGAGGCCAAUUUACCCACCCAGAAAGGGAAGGUUUUUAUUGUGACUGGGGGCUAUUCCGGCAUUGGCUUCGAGCUUUGCACUAUUCUUUACGAGGCUGGGGGGAAAGUUUACCUCGCAGGUCGCUCGGAAGAAAAAUCUUUGGAUGCUAUUCGACGUAUUAAGGCGUCCAACACGUCCUCUCAAGGGGAUAUCAUUUAUCUUCCCAUUCAGUUGGAUGAUUUGACAACCAUCAAGCCUGCUGUCGAGGCUUUCACCAAGGCCGAGUCUCGGCUAGAUGUGCUUUUCAACAAUGCCGGUGUUUCUAAUCCCCCUCGAGGAUCUGUUUCGCCCCAAGGGCACGACCUACAACUAGCAACUAAUUGCCUUGGUCCCCAUCUCUUGACUCAGCUUCUGCUCUCAACGCUCAAACGCACUGCCGAAAAUCAGCCGCCAGCAUCUGUUCGAGUUGUGUGGACAUCUUCGAUCGUUGUGGAUAUGUCAACCCCGGGAGACGGUGUCCGUCUACAUGAACUUCAAGACCGAAAGACCCAUCCGCAACGGAAUUACGAAAACACCAAACUUGGAAAUUGGUUUCUGGCUAAUGCGCUAUCGUCUCAGGCUGGUGCCGAUGGUAUUUUGAGCGUGACAGUCAAUCCGGGAAACUUGAAGUCGGCUCUGACGCGUCACUUCUCUCCACUAGUGCCUUUUCUAGUCAGCCCUCUCUUGUAUCCUGCAAGAAAAGGUGCUUAUACCAGUCUUUGGGCGGGACUUUCUGAUGAGCUAAAAAUAUCCGAUGGUGGCAAGUACAUUAUACCUUGGGGCCGAGUACAUCCCAGCCCAAGAAAGGACUUGGUCCAGGCAAUGAACCCAAGGGAGGAUGGGGAACGGUGCAAUGCACAGAUUUUUAUUGACUUUUGCAAUGAGGAAACCAUGCGUUUUGUAUAA